CGGGAGAGAAGAAAGAAGCAGCAGCGAAACUUGAGUCGUUCGUUCGUUUGUUCGUUCUGCAUCCAAAAAUACGCGCCUCUUGUGGUUAUCUCUGUCCAGAAAAAUUCGAGGACAGGAAUAAGAUUUUCCUUUUUCUCUUCUCUUUCCUUUUCGAUCUACUGCUCUUUUUAGUUCUCUCUCUUGUUUUGCUUCUUCGACCCGUACGUAGCGGGAGGAUCGACCGAGAUGGAGCGAGAGGCGGUGGAGGCGAUGCUGCGGGAGAAGGCGAGGCGUCUGCUGGAGUCGAUCAGCGUCAGCGAGACGGCCCGCGACGAGGCCGCCGCCGCGUUCGCCUCCAUGGACCGCCGCAUGGCCGCCGUCGACGAGGCGAUGCGCCCCGCCCAGGCGAGGACAUGGAGCGCGUGCAAGGUGCAUGACAACGUGGUCAGGAGCCUCCGCGCCGCCGAGGCCAUCCUCAAGCACCUCGACGACGUCCACCAGGCCGAGCCCGUGAUACUGAAUGGACCGAGCAAAGGUCUUACCGACUAUCUUUACGCGGUUGAUAAACUGAGAGGCGUCGUGUCCUUCUUCACUUCAAAGAGGAGCUGUGCAGCUGGUGACGAAGCACUAAAAAAUGUCGACCAAUUGCUCUCUAAAGCAGGUGUUGAGUUGGAGGGUGAAUUCAGCAGGGUGUUAUCCAAAUGCAGCAAACCUGUGGAGCUCGAGCCUCUUUUCAACUGUCUUCCAAGUCAUUCAUCAGCCAAAGAUGCUUCUGAAGGUCAGACAAAUCCGGGUGCAGCCUGCUCUCUUCCUACGCUCGUCGAUCCACGUUACAUGUCUGUGGUCUCAAAGUUAGUUCAGAAAUCAGCUGAACUUGGCCGCCACAAACAGUUUAUGAAAAUAUACAGGUUCAAGCUUCUAGAAGCUCCAAAUUUUCUUACAUACUUGAAGUAUAUUGCUCCUCUGUUUCCAGAUUUGCGUGCUCAUACUAUUUUCCUGCAUUCUUCCAGGGAUAUCCGUAGCUCGACUUUGGAACUUACCCUUAAGCAGUUGGGAGUUGAAUAUGUUACGACAGAAGAAGUACAGACAAUGCAGGUUGAGAGCCUGGAUGCUAAAGUUGCUCAUUGGAUCCAAUGUUUGCAAAUUGCGGUAAAGUUGCUUUUUCCUGCCGAACGCGUACUGUGUGAUCAAAUCUUUGAAGGACAGAAAGGCCAUUGUUUUGCCGCAGCAACGUCCAAAAGCCUCUUGACUCUACUCAGCUUCGGAGAGGCUAUUGCUAAAUCCGAAACAUCGCCAGAGAAAGUAUUUAUGUUGCUAGAUAUGUUUAACGCAACUUUGGAACUUCAAUCUGAGGUUGAGGUAGUCUUUCAGGGUGAUGAAUGUUCUGGAAACCGGAAAUCUGCAAUGAAUUUGGUCAAAUGUUUAGCACGAAUGACCAAAAGGACUCUCGGUGAAUUCAGAGACAACAUUCUGAAGGACUCGCCUAAGAGUAUGACUACUGACGGAGAUGUGCAUCCUCUUACCAGCUAUGUUGGGAAUUAUAUCAAAUUUCUUUUUGACUAUCAGUCAUCGCUAAAGUUGAUCUUCCAAGAAUCUAGCAUUAGAGACGGAACAAAUUCUCGUCUGGUGGCCGAAAUCACUGGUCUUAUACAUGCCCUAGAGACCAAUCUAGAUGUAAAAGCAAAGCAAUACAAGAAUCAUGCCCUGGGAAAUCUGUUCUUAAUGAAUAACAUCCACUACAUUGUCAGGUGUAUCUGCAGUUCAGAAUUCAAAGAUGUAUUUGGUGAUGAUUGGAUUCAAAGACACCGAAGGGUUGUGCAACAACAUGCUACUCAGUAUAGAAGAGUUACUUGGGGAAAGGCAGUGGAAUGUCUCUCAUCUCAAGGUCUAACUUCAUCAGCAGGUUCUGCCACAGAAGUUGCUCCAGAUAGUGUUGCAAAUGUUAGAUCUUUCAGCGGUACAACACCCAGAUCUGUAAUCAAGGCGAGAUUCAGGUCUUUCAACAAGCAAUUUGAAGAGGUUUGUCAGACACAGAUCAACUGGGCCAUUCCCGACAUAGAGUUACAUGAUAACCUUAUCCUUAUGAUUGCCGAAAUUCUGUUGCCUGCUUAUAGAUCUUUCCUGAAACGCUACAGGCCUUUUGUCGAGAACAGUCACAACGCUUCCAAAUAUAUAAAGUACACUCCAGAAGCACUUGAGCAAGCACUUGGUAAUCUAUUUGUGAAGAAGCCACUAAGUGAACAGGGACACUGAUUGCACCAAGCAUCCUAAUUAACCGAACUAUGGAGAUCUCGUCGUGGUUGUCUGGCCUUAGGUUGAGCAAAGGCUUCUUUUCUAUGCGGUCCAGUUGGCCACGUCAUCAAGCUAUCUGAGCCAAGGAAAACUUUGAUCCAUGGCCAAGGCUAAGGCUUCCUAGUCUCUGGUGAUACACAUAAAAUGCGUGAUAUGUAAUUUGCAUUCAUUUCUGGGUCUAGAAAUUGACAGCAGUGCUAUCAGUAGUGUGUCUUGUGAUGCACGAUGUUUUAAAAAAGUAGAUAGCAGACAGGGAUGGGUAAGAAAAGGGCGGUAUCUUGUUAGUCGUUCCAUGGCAAAUAUAUCACGGCCAAUGGCCCAUACCUUCCAAAAUGCAGGAAUACAGGGUUUAAGUAGAUUCUCUCCAUGUUCAUCAGAUCAACCACUCCCCGUUUUGCAA